AUGGAGCUUGCCGGCUUGCUUCGGAAGCGCUGCGCCCUCUUCGAGGCCUCGGAGGCGGACCAGACUCGGGCGGGCCUCGCGCUCAUGGGCGGCCCGUCGGCACCCGCUGCGGCGGACGUCGCGGAGGGCCCCACGGGCCCAGCCAAGUCUCCGCGAGCGGCGGGCGAGGCGGAGGUCCAGGAUGAGGGGGCAGCGCCGCCAGCAGCAAGAGCGAGGACGACGCGGAGGGGCGAGCGGGCAAUGGCAGAGGACCAGGGCGAGCAGGCAAUGGCGGAGGACCAGGGCGAGAGCGACGACGAGGGGAGGGAAGGCUCGCCGAAGUUCAGGCCGAGAACGAAGGCGCAGCGCCGCCGUCAGCAGCGCCAGCUUGCAAGGGCCCCGAAGGCGUCAGAUGUUCCGCGGCCGAACCGCCUGCUCAGCCUGAUCCGCCAGGGGUUCCUUCAGGGGUGA